GGAAGAAGAGCUGGCUGCGGAGGGAGGGAGGGAGGGUUAGGCGGGGAAGCCUCGGGGAAAGGGGCUGCGGGCGCCCGGGCUCCCUGGGCCUGGCUCUGCCCGGAUGUUUGCCUUGGCGCCUGCUGCUGGGCUUGCGCUCCUCCUCGCGAAGCCGGAUCAGCGGCGGGGGAAGGGGAAGGGGAAGGGGAAGGGGAAGGAAGGGCGUCCCCAGGAGAAGCAGGAAGCGCUGGUUCCGGGUCUGGCCAGGACAGGCGCUCGCAGCCCGGCGGCCGAGGCCCCUCUCGGUCCCUUGCCGCCCUCCCCGCCUCCCCGGGGGCCUCUUCGGGAGCCAGGAGCCAGGCGCUGGGCUGCCUUCCCGACCCCCGAGGGAGGCUUCCCCUGCUGAACGCCUGCCUGGGCCCAGGCGCUGCGCCCCAGAGGAGGCCCUUCCUUCCCAGCCAGAGGAGCCAGGCUGACUCGGCUCGCCCUCCUCCUCCUCCUCCUCCUCCCUCCAGGCCUUGCCAGCUGCAGGAGAGGCCUCUUCCGCGAGGCCCCCAAGAGGCCGGGGAAGCGAGACAGAGCCCCGGGCCUGGCAUGGAGGUCAGUGGCUACCAGAGGAAGGCCUGGAAGGUGGCCCUUUGUCGGUUGCUCUCGGUGCUCACCCUGGGGCUCCCGCUCCUCGUCUUCCAUUGGAAGCCCCGCCUGGAGCUCCAAGCCAAGUGCAGCCGCUGCCCCCUCCGCCAGGCCAACUGGGUGCUCAUCCGGGACCAGUUUGGACAACACUUCACCGCCCGCGUGGAAAUGGAGCAGGUGGAAGGAGGCGGCCUUGAGCAUGGAGGAGGCGAUGGGAGAAGCAGCGUUGCAGUGGGAGUGCUGGGUGACGAAGAGGAGAGCAGAGAGACAGCCGGGCUCCACCAGAAAGAGGAGGAGGAGGAGGAGAAAGGGGUUGUUCGCUACUACGUUUUCGAAGGCUUGCGCUACAUCUGGAUAGAGAAGCGGCAGUCCUUCUGCAAAGCCAGCCUGUUGGAUGAAAGCUGGACGUGUGCAGAGAUUCGCCUCUCCCACUUUGGGCUGAGUGCUGAAGAACAGGCUACCAGGAGGAAGCUGUACGGACCCAACCUGAUUGAUGUCCCUGUGAAGUCGUACCUCCGGCUGCUGAGGGACGAGAUUUUGAACCCAUUCUACAUCUUCCAGAUUUUCAGCAUCUCCUUAUGGCUCUGUGAUGAGUAUUACUCCUAUGCUACAUGCAUCUUCAUCAUUUCCACUUUCUCCAUAGGCAUCUCUCUCUACCAGACAAGGAAGCAAAGCACCACCUUGAGGAACAUGGCCAGGAUGUCUGUCAGCGUCAGGAUCCGCAGAGGCCCCACAGAGGAAGUGACAGUGAGUUCGACAGACCUUGUGCCUGGUGACUGCAUUGUGGUGCCCCCGGAUGGGAUGCUCUUCCCUUGCGAUGCUGCCUUGCUGACCGGCGAGUGCAUGGUCAAUGAAAGCCUGCUAACCGGGGAGAGCAUUCCGCUGAUGAAGACUCCUUUGCCCAAUGGCCCCGAGGCUCCUGCCAGCACCACCAUCUAUUGCCCUGAGGAGCACAAGCGGCACACCCUCUUCUGCGGGACACAGGUCCUCCAGGCCCGGGCCUACAGCGGUACCCAUGUCCUGGCUGUGGUGACUCGCACAGGCUUUUGCACUGCCAAAGGGGAUCUCAUCAGUUCCAUCCUUUACCCUAAGCCUGUCAAUUUCAAGUUUUAUAAGGAUGCUGCAAAGUUUGUUGCCUUCCUCACAGUCCUAGCUGCUCUGGGUACUGCCUACAGCAUCUUCACCUUGAUUAGAAACAAGGUUCCGGUUAAGCAGAUAAUCACACGUGCCCUGGACAUCGUGACAGUGGUGGUGCCCCCAGCCCUGCCAGCCGCCAUGACUGUGGGCACCAUCUAUGCCCAGAGCCGCCUGAAGCAACAUGGCAUCUUCUGCAUCAGCCCUCCACGGAUCAACCUCUCUGGAAAGGUUCGCCUGGUUUGCUUUGACAAGACAGGGACCCUGACAGAGGAUGGCCUGGACAUCUGGGGUGUUGUUCCCCAGGGGGAGAGCGGCUUCCUGCCCCUCGUCCAUGAGCUGCAGUCCCUGGCAGGUGGGCCUCUCCACUCCUGCCUGGCCACUUGCCACGCCGUUUCUCUGCUGGGGGGUCAGCCUGUCGGAGACCCUGUAGACCUCCGGAUGUUGGAGUCCACAGGAUGGACCCAGAAAGAGGCUGAAGGAGCAGCGGCAGAGGCCCAGGUGGCCCAGCUUUUCCACAGUAGAGCCUUGGCUGUGAUGAGCCCCCCAGGUCCAGGGGAACUGCUGAGCAGCACGAAGGAACGCCUGGGUGAUGCCACCCCCCUGGCCAUCCUCCGCCGCUUCCCCUUUUCUUCGUCUCUGCAAAGGAUGAGCGUCCUGGUGAAGCGGCCGGGGGUUGGGCCUGCGGAGGCCUACAUGAAGGGAGCCCCAGAGAUGGUGGCCAGCCUCUGUCGGAGAGAGUCAGUCCCUGCAGAUUUCUCCCAAACGCUGCACCAUUUCACCAGUGAUGGCUUCCGUGUUCUGGGGCUCGCUUACAAGGCUGUUGCAGCCAUUGGGACGUUUGAAGAAGCCCAGUGUGUGACUAGGGACUCUGUCGAGAAUGAGAUGGCCUUCCUUGGGCUCCUGGUGAUGAAGAACGUCCUCAAACCAGAAACGGCGCCAGUGAUCCACUUACUCCGCAACGCUGAGAUCCGAACCGUCAUGGUCACAGGGGACAACAUGCUGACGGCUGUGAAUGUGGCCAAGAGCAGCCGGAUGGUGGAGGCCAGGGAGCAGGUGGUCUUUGUGAACGCCAUCCCUCCCAGCCACGGGAAGCCGGCGGCCCUCCGGUUCAUCCCUUCUGACCAGCCCCCCGAGGCGUCCUACCAGCAUGAGACCUGCUUUCCGGAGGAGCCCCUUUGCCACUUGGCCCUGAAUGGGAAAUCCUUUGCGGUGGUUUGUGAGCACUUCCCGGACCUCCUGCCCAAGAUAUUGAUCCAAGCAACUGUUUUUGCCCGUAUGCUGCCUGACCAGAAAACGCUCUUGGUCCAGAGCUUCCAAAACUUGAACUACUGUGUGGCGAUGUGUGGGGAUGGGGCCAAUGACUGUGGGGCCCUGAAGACGGCAGAUGUGGGCAUCUCCCUCUCCGAAGCAGAGGCUUCUGUGGCAUCGCCCUUCACUUCCAGAACUGCCAACAUUGAGUGUGUCCCCAUCAUCAUUCGGGAAGGGAGAUGUUCUCUGGUCACCUCCUUCGGGAUCUUCAAGUACAUGGCCCUCUACAGCAUCGUCCAGUUUGUCUCAGUGCUUCUGCUCUAUACAAUCAACACCAACCUGGGCGACCUGCAAUUCCUCUUCUUUGACCUCAUCAUCACCACCACAGUGGCUGCCCUGAUGGGCCGGACUGCCCCCGCCAAGGACCUGGGCCCCCGCCGUCCACAGGGAGCCCUCCUGAGCGUGGUGGUUUUGGGCAGCCUCCUCCUCCAGACUGCCCUCCUCAUCACAGUCCAGGUCAUAGGCUACUUCAUCACAGUCGCGCAGCCCUGGUACGUCCCCUUGAACAGCACUGUGACGGCCCCCCAAAACCUCCCCAACUAUGAAAACACCGUUGUGUUCUGUGUCUCGGGAUUCCAAUACCUCACCCUGGCUGUAGUCUUGUCCAAGGGGUACCCUUUCCGGAAGCCCCUCUACACAAAUGUGGUGUUCCUGGUCGCUUUGAUCCUCCUUUUUGGCCUGAUGGUCUGGCUGACCAUCUACCCGCUAGCCUUCAUGAAACAGUGGCUGCAGCUGAAGAGCAUUGGAGACCUCAGCUUCAAGGCAAUCCUGCUGGGGUUGGCCACGCUCCACUUCUUUGCGGCUUUUGUGGUGGAGACCGGCUUGGACCAUGGCGGGCUCAGUAGUCUCCGGGCGCUGCGGCACAAGAAGCCACCUAGGAAGCUCUUCAAGCAGCUUGAGAGGGAGAUGCGCCAAAGGCCACUGCCCCCGUGGCCUCCACUCAACCAGGCUGUCUUCGCCAAAGGCAAAAUCUCCAUCGCCACCAGAUGACGCUGGACCGCCAGUGCCGCCACGGCCCCCAGCCUCCAUUGGGCUUCCCUCAGAAUGGGACUGCUUAACUUAUUUCCUUUGGAACCAGCGCUCGCCAUCCCAGCCUCUCCUUGGCCUCUUUUCAGCCCUGAGCAACCCUUGCCCUCCUGGACCCCCAAAAUGGGGGAUUUCAGAGUCCUCCAGGGGGCCCAUUCUCCCCCAGUACCCAGCGGUGCUUGCCAUGCUGGGGGAGGGCUUUCCAUACCCUAUUCCCAGCGCAGAGGAGCACGCAGGGUGUGUGUGGUUCUGGGGGAGCUUUUGGCAAGUUGUUAACCUCCAGGGCCAAGGUAGGCACAGAACCGGCAUCCGGUGUCCCUUCCCACCAUUUCCAUGCCCACCAAACCAUUUCUGGCUCCUGCCAGGCUUGUAAGGUCACCGUUUGCCAGGCUGGGAACCCCUCCAAAAAUUUCCUUUGCCAAGGUCCCAAACACUGUGUCCUUUUGCUCAGCCUGUUGCUGCCAGGAGUCGGCUGGCCAUUCCUUACCCACAGCCUUCCGGGGGUGACAUUUCCUAUGCCAGGGCUUGGCAGUGGCACCUUUGAACCUUGAGUGUCUUCAGACCCUCCCUGCCUCACCAUAAGACUUCUUUCUUCCUACUUCCUAAAAGGAAAGCUCCUGUGAAAGAGAGGGAGUGAUGGUCCAGUGCAUUUCAAUGUAGUUUUAGCUAUGCCUCACAUUAAACAGAAUUUAUUUUCUUCA